CUCUAUAUGGUCAAUCGUGGUGUUUCUGCAGGACCAAAGGCACAGACUGGUUAGUGAAGAAUGCUGUCAGAAGGGUAUCUCAGUGGACUUGCUUACCGGAGUGACAUCCAGUGGAGCUGUACAUCUUAUAAUGAGCAGGUGACUGAGGAAAAGGAAGAGGAGAGAGAAGCCACAGCUGCUGCUACUCUUUCCUAUUCCUCCGUGGAUGAAACACAAGUCCGAAGUCUCUAUGUGAGAUGCAAAUCCUCAGGCAAGUUUAUUUCUUCAGUGCAUUCAAGAGAGAGCCAACACAGUAGAAAUCCGAGAAUCACAGUGGUGCAGACAAACCCCAAUCCCGUAUUUGAAAGCCCAAACUUGGCUGCAGUUGAACUAUACAGAGACCCCGGCAGAGAGACCUACUUGGUUCCACCUUCCUGCAAGAGUAUCUGCAAGAAUUACAAUGACUUACAUAUUGCAGGGGGCCAGGUGAUGGCCAUUAAUUCAGUGACAACAGAUUUUCCCUCUGAGAGCAGUUUUGAACAUGGCCCUUUGCUGAAAUCGUCUGAGAUUCCUUUGUCCAUGGAGGAUUCCAUUUCCACUCAGCCCAGCGACUUCCCACCCAAACCUAUCCAGCGGUAUUCAUCCUACUGGAGAAUAACCAGCAUCAAAGAGAAAAGCAGCCUGCAAAUGCAGAAGCCUAUUUCGAAUGCAGUGCUGAACGAAUACCUGGAGCAGAAGGUGGUAGAGUUAUACAAGCAGUACAUUAUGGACACUGUGCUUCACGACAGUUCUCCUACCCAGAUUCUGGCAUCUGAACUCAUCAUGACAAGUGUGGACCAAAUUAGUAUUCAAGUCUCUAGAGAGAAGAACCUGGACACCUCAAAAGCCAGGGAUAUAGUCAUUAACAGCCUUUUACAGUUGGUGUCAACUGAAGUCAGCACUCCUGAAAUCAGCACUCCGAGUCUCCAUAUUUCUCAGUAUAGUAACGUGAACCCAUAGAAAGGAUGCUUCUGUUCCUCUUUCUCAACUACUCAAUUAUUCACUUAUUCUGACAAUGCGCAGGAAGGGGUUGUCGAGAGCUAGAUAAGGUUGGCUGGAGGUCAGGUAUGGAUUAAGAGGAAAUCUCAUAAUAUUACACGUGAAGGAAUGUGGGGAGAGGAGCUAUAAUGACUUCAAAGCAAGGGUUGUAUAGCAACAAAGCAAAAAUAAAAAUGAUUAGAAAAGAGAUUCAUUUAAGGGAAUAUAGAAAAGAAAAAAGACAAACCAAAUAAGAAUGUACACCAUGGCAAAACUGAAAGCCAAAGGUUUCAGGGGAAGGAGUUAAGAAUAUGUUUGUCACCCAAAUAAAUUCCUCCAAGUUGUUUCUCCUGGAGGGAAAU